AAGGGCGGUAAGACGGGUGCUACCAAGAAGUGUGUUACCUGUAAUGGACGAGGCUUUAAGGUAGCCAUGCGUCAAGUGGGUAUGGGCAUGCUUCAGCAGAUGCAAAUUCCUUGUGACGACUGUGGACGUACAGGAGAAAUAGCCAAGGAUAGAUGUAAAAGAUGCAAGGGCAAGAAAGUGACUGUAGAAAAGAAAUUCCUUGAUAUCUAUAUUGAAAAGGGUAUGACUCAUGGACAAAAGAUUGUUCAAAAGGGAGAAGGCGAUCAAGAGCCUGGAAUCGAGCCUGGCGAUGUUAUCCUUGUAUUGGAUCAAAAAGAACAUGCAGUCUUUGAGCGCAAAGGCACAGAUCUGCUAUGCAAAGUAAAGAUUUCAUUGACAGAAGCGCUCUGCGGUUUUGACAAGGUUAUUGUUACACAUCUUGAUGGACGUGGUAUUCAAGUAAAACAUGAACCUGGAUAUGUCAUCAAGCCUGGUACUGUGAAACGUAUACCCAAUGAAGGUAUGCCAACAUACAAGCGUCCCGAGAACCGUGGUGAUUUAUAUGUUGAAUUUGAUGUCGAAUUCCCCGAUGAUCACUUUGCUGCGAUCGAGCAACUGAAGCAACUAGAAACCAUCUUACCCAAGAGAGAAGCCACAUCAAUAAAGCAUGACAUUGUUGAUGAAUGUCAUCUUAUGAAUGCUAACAUGGAGAGUUUUGGUGCAUCAACACAGUCUCGUAACGCAUAUGAUGAAGAUGAUAGCGAAGACGAAGAUCAAGACCAAGGCGGUAUUCGUUGUGCUCAGCAAUAA